ACAAAGAAAUUCCGCGACUGCAAAUGCGCCCGGUGUGUUCACCCUGAAGCUUUCGGACCUGACGAAAAACUGAUAACUAACUAUCUCGGAGAAGAGUCGCGAAGACCAGCACUGAAGGAAAUUGUCAUACAAGGAGGCAAAAAAACGGCUUCCAUCUUGUUGCGUUCUCGUAACUUCAAGGUGAAAAAAAAAAGAGAAUCUUAUUUUGAAUUUCCGAGUUCGAAUGAAAAAGUUGGUCCUGAAUAAAGUUCCAUGGCUUUUUUUCCUUUUUGAGGCCUGUUUUUAGAAAAACGAUUUUUAGGAUAAAAAAACAAAAAAAUCAUCGCUAGAUUAGUUUUUCUUGAUACGAUAGCUCAAAGGAUUACGGUAUUCCUUUUUUCGCAGGCUCCUCCGUCAACUGAAGACCUUCCUGACCUCGGAAAAGAGAAUUUGUUCGACGAGUUGUCUGAUACAAACGUUGAAAAUGCGCCGAAUUUUGAAAUCAACGGGAAUUAUGUGCGUUUUUUUCUUAUAUCCGAUCGAUUUGAAACGAAACUUACCGACAUAACUGAGGACUUCUUAAAAAAACUUUAUUCUUACUUGUUUUUUUUUCAGAUUGGCGAUUGCGAGAAGCGUUUCUACGCUUGUGAGAUUUGCGGCAAAGGUUUCACCGACUCUCUUCAGGCGCAGAGUCAUAUUUCUGGCCAUAAGUAGGUUUCAGAACAUAAAAAAGAAUCUAAUUGAUCCAUUUUGUAACGAAUAUUUUGAUGAAAACAUGUCCUGUAUGUUUUUUGCAUUUUUGAAUGUGGAAGAAGGAAACUAGGCUACAUUUUUUGCUUUGGAAGUCAGUUAAACUAUUGUCUGUUCAGAUUUAGAAAAUCAGCUCAUCGCUUAAGCUCCGCCCCUUAUGUGUAGAUUAAACAAAUCAGCGAUCCAUCCAUAGAGCUUUGUUGGGGGGGCGGAGUUUGCUGCUAGAAGUUCAAUAUUUAAAAAAACUAAAUUCACAUUUUUCCUAAAAAGAGCUUUGUUUUUUUCUUUUUUUCCAUUUUUUUCAUUUUCACUUGUUUUUCUAGAAGUUUUUACACCAAGGAUUCAAAACGGUGUAUAGUUAUGAUUUUUUUCAUCCUAUUUCAGAAACCGAAUGAAAACGAUGUUUCGAAAAAUGAUCCAAAAAUUCAAAUUUUUUUCGUUUCAUAAGCUGAUUUUUUUCAAGAGAGUUCUAAGAGCUGAUUCAAAAGUUUAGUUGAUUCCAGUCAUUUUAAUUUAUAUCAAAAGAAAAUUUUUCAAUCAGACCCAACUGGCUAAAAUGUGUUUUCUGCGGCUUGAGCUUAAAUGGACGGAUCGCGUUGCGGCAACAUUACAUGAGUGAACAUAUGGAUCAGAGCUCGUCCACGUUCACCUGUGGCGGUUGUUUCAGGUUAAUAACAGAGAUAAAAAGGAUUCAUACUCAGUUAUGACAGGAAAUAGGUGAAAAGAGCGCAGUUCGCUCGAGAUAAUCAAAAAUUUCAGUGUUUAAGUUUGACAAGUUCAUUUUUGUGGUUUAAUGGGCUUUAGCUCCUUUCUUGCGCAAUACGAAAAGCUUUUCUUGAAAAAAAACCUUUCAAGGGUCCCCAGCAAAACUUUUUAUCUCAUUUUCUUUCAUUUUCUUUUUCAUGUUCUUCAACAAAAAUAUUCGGGAAAACAGCUUGAAAGAUUUGAAAGGGCUCCAAGAGGCUAAUUAAAAGGAGCUGGAAAACUUUUUCACAAAAAUUUUAUUAGCUUUUAGAGGAACCGUUUCAGCUCCCUUUCAAGGAUCCUCAAAGCAACAUUUCCGUUUUAUCUAUUUUUGUAAAAAUCAAUAUUAUAGAAACGGAGUUUCGAAAAUAUUCAGUUGAAUUUAUUUCUUCAGCGUCUUCCCAACUCGAAUCCACUAUGAGCAUCAUCUUUUACUGCUUCCGGAAGCCCAUCGUUUGUUUUAUUUUUCAUUUUUUGAACUUCAUCUUGUUACUGGAGUCGAUCAUAUUGUUUUAAAACAGAGAACAGUUGAAUUUUUACAAUUUUUGGCUGAAUUUGACCCUUUGAGGUAAAAAAAAAAAUUUCAAGUUAUAUUCUAAAAAAUUUCUAAUACAAGUCUGUAUUUUUUAUUUUUGAAGCCUGCCACGUCAUGGAUUAUCGUCAGGACAUGUACUUUGACCGACCGAACAUUUCUGAGGGUUUUCAAGAAAAAAGAACUAGAAAAUCGAUAAGAGAACAUUUUUCAGACCGGAACCCUCCAGUCAACAUUUCUCAUGCUUCUGAGCGCGUUUUGCCGGUUUUCAAACAGCAAAAUGGAGGAAAUCCUAGGGAUUUCAAGCGUCUGAUGGUGACGCCGUUGGGUGUCCGCAGCAUGGCUGAGAUUGAGAAGAAUAUGGUGAUUAACAGAGCAAAAACAAAAUUUGAGGUCGAAAGUUUCAUAGGCGAAUUCGGAAAUGCUGGAAAAGACUUCAUAGGAAUGUUUGUUUGAGAAUGACAAAAGCUACUUUUUUUCUGCCGUUUCGCGCCUUUUCAUCGGCUUCUAUGCACCAUUUUGCUGCCUCUCCCUUUUUUCCACUAUUUCUUGAGCCGUUAAAAUUCUAGAAAAAUUUAGAGACUCGAUAAAGGGACUAUUUUCACUGCUUUUCUGUGGCCUUUUUCGAGCCUCCAUUUUUGCAGCCAUUCCGACUUUGCCUAAGUUAGUUGUAAUUUCAAAAGUUUUGAUAAAAAGAAAAAAAAACUUGUUGCAGAUUUAAAAAAAUCAUGAUUUUAUGCUUCAGAAAAGCUUUUUGAUGGUGAAAGAAAAGCCUCCGAGCACGAAGCCACUGUCAAAGGACCACCGAAAGACGGUCUUGGAAAUGUGCAAACGCGUGAGACAGAAGCCAGAAGAAAAUAUUCCCGAAAUCCGAAUUUACAAAAAAGCGCCUCUAGAAGAAGAAGACGAAGAGGAGGAGUUCGAAGUAGGAACGAAUGUUUGAAACAGAGAAAACUUUGAUAAUCUAGCCGUACGGACGGAAGAACAACGUGAAGUGGGAUGAACUGUUGUGCAAUGAGGCGGCGGCUCGCGAAUUUCCAGAUUGGCCGGCUGGACUCCGUAAAGGUAAGGGGGGAGGAUUAAAACUUGUACAAGAAAUCCCCAGGAACUCCAGAGAGGUCCCUAUAGGGGAAACCUUAGGGGCCCUGGGGUUUUCUCUAGGGCCACUAAAAGUUGCAAAAGUUGUCUCUAUAGGGGUUUUAGUUAGUGGCCCCUUCAGGGAACAUGCUAGUCGAUAAUUGUCAUGAACUUUAAGCGAGGAAGCAUUUCCAUGAGAAAAACAGGAUAAAUAAGCGUUUUUUGAAUGGAAUUGAGAGACCCCUAUAGGGUCCACUUGAGCUUUAGAAGUUAGAAGCAGAAGAACAGUACCUCAACUUCUAUAUGAACCACUUUGAGAUUCCUAAGUCUGUUGAAAAAAAGUUAUUUACCCAUAUUAUCAGAAAAAAAAUUUCUUUUCUAUUUAAAUGGAAGAAAUGAAGUGAACCAGCUUAUUUUUCAAAAAGGUGGACUAUCGAACUAUUUCGAGCACUUUACAGCACGGAAAGCUAUGAACUUUCUAUAUUUUGACUUCAAGUUAGAAAAAACAACUCUGCGAAUUUCACAAGCAUAGAUGGCAAGUACAGAACUCAUUCAGCCCGGAAGGAAGAACCUCACAAAAAUAUUGGAAAUUAAAAUCAUUUUUCAACCUCAAGGAGUUCGUCUAGGCCGAGAUAAUACAAGUUUUAGCCUCAGGGAGAUAGUAAUAACUUGAAGAUAGAAAAUCUUGGGUGGAGGUGUCGACGGCAUUAAAAAAUGGUUUGCCAAUGUAUGUUCACAAGGCAGCUUCGCAGGUGAAAAUUAUCAAAAAGAACUCAGAAAUGAUUUUUUUUUUCCGUCUUUUGAAGGACUUUUUAAGGGGUCUUUUGCCUUCUUUUAAAAAUCCCGAAAAGUUGUCUUGAAUUUUGCACACGCUCGUGGCUCAUUUCACUCAUGUUGCUAGAAUUCGACAACACUAAACGUCCGAAGGAGUACUGUGCUUUUCUUCGCGAGAAAAUGUACGGAACGCCUUGUCCGCCGCCGCCGACGUCUCAUCUCGCUUGGGCCGAUCAUCCGAGAUCGGCCGGUUUGGGUUUCCUUUUGAAAAAGGAUGUUUCUUUCUGAUUCGACACUUCAGAAGGCAUGUUCGGUAUCACGGGAAACGAGGAUCGGAAAGCCGAUCAGAGAACGCCAAAAACCCCGAGCAAAUUUGAUCGUGGGAGGUUUUCAGUUGACAGCAGCGUUCCCAUAUUCACAACGGAUUGCGGUAAUUUUUAAUUGAUGUAGAAUAUUAUUUGAUGGCGUCGAGAAGCUCAAAAAAAACUUCCCAAAAAUCUGUUUUUUUGAGACUAUUGACUGAAAGAUAUUCUUUUUGGUUACUCCAAGGAUAUUUCGCUCGCAAAAAGAUGAAUAAAGAGAAGUAGAUACGGUUUUUAAAUAGAGGCGAAUAAAGUGUACACGGAGCCAGAGUUUUCAGAUGAUGGUUUCAUGCCGUUUUUCCCGAACCCAGCGUUCCGAGGCGAUCCGUCGCUUUUGAACAAAACCAAAGAUGAGUUCGAUAUCGUCCGCGAGGAUCAUCUUUUUGCUGUCUACGAACCGAAUGAUGUAAAAAUAAAUAAACAAUACCUGAAUUUAUCGAAAAUUUCAGGGUCGAAACCUCGAACUUCUCAGUGAACCUAAGACCGAAGUCAGCGAAGACGCUUUCGAAGAAAAUCUCUCUUUUUGGCCUCACUAA